AAAAUAUACAAAUACAAUUGUCAACAUCAUAAAAACACCGGCAGCUAUAUUAUAAUAAAAAAAAUUAUAUAAAAAUUAUUUAAAAAAUAACAAAAAUAAUAUAACAAUAAUCUAUUUCUGUGUGUAUCUAAAUGUUAUAACGAAAAUAAUAAAAACUUAAAAUAAAUAAAAAUAUUACAACAAUAGUCCAAAAUUUAUUUUAAUUAACAAAUUUAUAAUGGUUUAACAAUAGCCGUGAAGAAAAAUUUAAAUUGUUGUAUUUAGUGUCCUCAUAACAUAGUGUAACAUACAUAGUUAUAUACUAUAUAAUUACGAAAAUAUAUUUUAUUUAUAUAAAUAUUUAACUACCUCUAAAUAUAAAUUAUAAAUAUUAAUAAAAUAAUAAAUAUAACAAAAUAAUUAAUUAAUAUAACAAACAUGGAUUAUUGGCUGUUUUUAAUAUUCUCAAUAUUUUUUAUUGAUUUACAAAGUGUAUGCUGUUUAUUUGUGACUGAUUUAAAUGUUCCGGAAAUUGUUGAUUUUCGUGAUAAUGUCACAUUAUCAUGUAGUUAUGCCAUGAGUGGACAUACAUUGAAUUCUGUCAAAUGGUAUAAAGAUAAAAUGGAAUUUUUCAGAUAUUCACCUAUGAUGCAUCCUGUUUAUAUAAAGUUUCCGGUGGUUGGUGUACAUUUGCCAGAUGGUAAAUACUAUUGCAAUGAAUCAUCAUGUAGAGUAGAAUUGAGUAUGUUAAGUGCGAAAUCAUCGGGUGUUUACAAAUGUGAAGUGUCAGGAGAUGCACCACAUUUUCAACUGGCAGCCAAAGAGGACAAUAUGACUGUAGCAGCUCUACCUCAAAGUGACCCAUUAAUAGAAAGCUUUAAUCCCAUGUAUCGUAUGGAAGACUAUCUUAGUGCUAUUUGUACCUCUGAUUAUUCCAGUUUACCCACAAGACUAACGUGGUUUAUCAAUGGUGAACAGGCUUCUUUAGGUGAACUACAACCAAAUGUUGAUACGAGCAUCUCAGCCCAUGGCUAUAUUUUACGACGACAAAAACUACAGGUUCAUUUUUAUUUGAGCGGACCUCGUUUCUAUCAGGCGGGUAAAAUUUUACAAUUGAAAUGCAUAGCGGAAAUUGAAAACUUUCCCGAAUUGACACGCGAGACUUCACUGAAUGCUGCUCUAAUUCCUUAUGAUAAUUUAAACAAUCAAAUGUUAAUACACGCUGGUACAAAUGGCGGAAGCUCGACAAGUAAAUUUCCAGCAACUUUCAACACAAUCAUUUUAAACAUUGUUCUGGUGAUAUUUUCAACAAUUUUAAGUUCAAAUACUUUAUGAUCUACUCAAAAUAUGAUGUCAUUUAUUAAAAAAACAAAUUAUUUCUAAAAUAAAAGCAAAAAUGACAAAUGCUGUAGUAUUAGUUUGAAGUAAAGGAAAUAAAGCGGCAAAGUAGGAGUAUAGUGUAAGCAACAGCAGAAAUACAAGUAAAAAAGAAAAAGCUGUUAUACGAAGCAAACGGAAAUGGAUAUAAAAGGCUGAGUAUAAGAUGUUAUAAUAGGAAAGAAAAUGAAGUAAAAAAAGCAACAACAACAAAUUAUAAGGAAGAAGUUACUAUAUCAUAUUAGUUAGUCUAUAACAAAAAAAAAACGAAAAACAAGAAUAAUAAAUAACAAAAAAAAAAAAAAAAUAAGAAAAUAAAUAAUUUAAAAUAAAAAU